UCAAUAACGGAGAUUACCCAUCCGGUGACCUUAUCCCUUCGCCGGUGAGAGAAUCUCAGAUCUAAAAUUUCGAAAAUUCACCACAUCUCACCUUCUCCGAUCUGAGCCCUAGGCUAAACGAUUUCCCAUGGAGGAAGACGACGAGACUCAGUCGCUGCAAUCUCCGGGAGAUUCCCUUUCACCAGCUCCUUCCUCUCCUCCGAUUUUGCCUACGAGCGACGUCACGGUGGCCUCUGUGACGAAACCGCCUGUUUCUUCUCAAUCUCCGUCGGGAAACGCUUUGGCUUUAGUGGUUCAUACUCCUUCCGUUACCGGUGUUAGCGGUAACAGAAACGGCCGAAGCGGCGGAGGAAGCGCCGGCGGAGGCGGAGGGAGAGACGAUUGCUGGAGCGAAGAAGCGACCAAGGUUCUAAUCGAUGCGUGGGGGGAUCGGUUUUCGGAGCCAGGGAAAGGAACUUUGAAGCAGCAACAAUGGAAAGAAGUAGCUGAGAUUGUCAACGAAAGUCGUCAAUGCAAAUAUCCCAAAACCGAUAUUCAGUGUAAGAACAGGAUCGAUACGGUGAAGAAGAAGUAUAAGCAAGAGAAGGCCAAAAUCGCUUCUGGUGAUGGACCUAGCAGAUGGGUAUUCUUCAAGAAGCUCGAGAGUUUGAUUGGAGGCAACACCAUAACCAAAUCCUCCGAAAAGGCUCCUAUGGGAGUUCUUGUGAACAGCCGCUUGAAUGAGCACAAACGUCAAGCUAAAGGAACAACGCAGAUCCUGCAACAAGGAGACUUGAAAAGAAGCUCUGAUUCGAUGCGGUGGCAUUUCAGGAAACGAAGUGCAUCUGAGACUGAAUCAGAGUCUGAUCCUGAACCUGAGCCUUCUCCUGACUCAGCGGAGAGUCUGCCACCGCCGCAAGCGUCUCAGCCGCUGGCGUUUCAGCUGCCAAAGCGGUUGAAGGUUGAUAAGUCAGGAGGGAGUGGAGUUGCAGAGGUGGCUAAGGCGAUACUCGGAUUCACGGAAGCUUAUGAGAAGGCGGAAACUGCGAAGCUUAAGCUGAUGAUGGAAUUGGAAAAAGAGAGGAUGAAGUUCGCUAAAGAGAUGGAAUUGCAGAGGAUGCAGUUCUUGAAAACUCAAUUGGAGAUAACAAAGAACAAUCAAGAGGAGGAGAGGAGCAGGCGAGGAGGAGAAAGAAGGAUCGUUGAUGAUGAUGAUGAUGAUGAUCAUCGCAAUGUCAAGAAUAAUGGCGAUGUAAGUAGCUGACAAUCGAACAACAAAAAAAAUGUCUUCUUGUGAUUUGCUAUGGUUUAAAAACGUAUCUAGAUUGCUGGAUUAGGAUUUGAUGUUGUUGUUGGUGUGCCUUGUGGGAUGUGUAAAUGUUCAAGUUUAUGACAGGGCUUAGGGGUAACUAUGUGAUCAUCAUCAUCAUGUUGUUGUUAUGUUAUCUUGUCUUAAAAACAUUGCCAAAUUGAAAAUAAAAAAACUUUGAACUUUGAAUGU